AUGUUGCAUACUAUAUCAUUGCACGGAACCUACAAAUCAACAAGCUUUAUACAAAAAUUGAUGACCCGGAUCGGCCAUUCGAAAUUCUUCGUUAAAGGUGGCGACUGGGGAUCUUUAAUCGCGAGCAUCUUGACUACGUUUUUCCGCGAUGGCGUUUUAGAAACUCACAUGAACAUGUGCGCCUUGGAUAGCCCGACCACGAUGCUGAAAACCGUCAUCGCCAGCCUUCAUAUGUCAUCGAAAUAUGUCCCUUAUUAUUUUCCUGCUCUAUCAAAAUUGAAGGAGCUGAUGCUUAGUCAAGUCAGGAUACAUGAACAUCCAGGCCACCAAACCAUCGACUCGAAUCUCGUUGGGAAUCCCAUAGGACUUGCAAACAUUCUGGAGUCUCGACCUGAACCAAUCCGGCCUACCGACAGCUUGCCGGAGAUGUCUGGAGAAGUACUUCACUAUGGAUGCUUUGCUGGACAACAUCAUGCUGUAGUACCCACGAGAUGCGCCAAAUUUCGUUAUGAGCUGGCUCACACUAUCGAUUGGGCCCUCAAAGAUCGCUUCGUCAAUCUGAUGCAUAGCAAACAUUUCGAGAAUCAAGGACAUUUUUCCGCCAUGCAGUUGCCAGCCGUCCUCACCAAGCACUUUAUCGAGUUAGUGAAGAAAUUUGAAAAUGUUAACCUGUAG